AUGAGGGAGCCGGCGGGGACGGAGAAGUGGGGGCCGAGGCGGCGGUCGACAGUCAACGCCUGGAGGACGGUGAGGCUUCCCUGGAUACCGAUGGAGAUGCUGAGGAAGAUGCCGGUUAACCAGAGAGGGAGAAUCCUCACGAUGGCCUUCAGGUCCUCCACCUCCUGCACCGUGCACAGCCGCCAUGGCUUCGCCAGAGAGCCGUCCUCGUUGUUGUCCCCUCUCGUCACUACCGCCGCCUUGUUCAGCCACCUGUCGUAA